CUCCUGACCUUCAUGUGCUUCUCCUCGCGCAGCAAGUGAGUGUGAAACAUCGGCCAUGCUGCCGCUGGAGUGCCAGUACUUGAACAAGAACGCCCUGACGACCCUGGGGGGACCCCUCACUCCCCCAGUGAAGCAUUUUCAGCUAAAGCGGAAGCCCAAGAGCGCCACUCUGCGGGCAGAGCUGCUGCAGAAAUCCACGGAGACUGCCCAGCAGCUGAAGCGCAGUACGGGGGUGCCCUUCCACGCCAAGGGCCGCGGGCUGUUGCGGAAGAUGGACACCACAACCCCGCUCAAGGGCAUCCCCAAGCAGGCGCCCUUCCGGAGCCCCACAACGCCCAGCGUCUUCAGCCCUGCCGGGAACAGGACCCCCAUCCCGCCGUCGAGGACACCGCUACGGAAAGAGAGGGGCGUGAAGCUGCUCGACAUCUCUGAGCUGGACAUGGUGGGCGCUGGCCGCGAGGCAAAGAGACGAAGAAAGACCCUCGAUGCGGAAGUAGUGGAAAAGCCCGCCAAGGAAGAGACUGUCGUGGAAAACACCACCCCCGACUACGCGGCCGGCCUGGUGUCUACACAGAAACUCGGGUCCCUGAACAACGAGCCCGCGCUGCCCUCCACGAGCUACCUGCCCUCCACACCCAGCGUGGUGCCUGCCUCCUCCUACAUCCCCAGCUCCGAGACGCCCCCAGCUCCGUCUUCUCGAGAAGCCAGCCUGCAGGCCAGCCGGCCACCUGAGGAGCCCAGCACCCCGAGCCCCACGCUGCCAGCUCAGUUCAAGCAGAGGACACCCAUGUACAACAGCGGCCUGAGCCCGGCUGCACCCACACCCGCAGCGCCCACCUCGCCUCUGACGCCCACCACGCCCCCGGCUGUCGCCCCUGCCGCCCAGACGCCCCCGGUGGCCAUGGUGGCCCCACAGACGCAGCCCCCUGUCCAGCAGCAGCCUAAGAAGAACCUGUCCCUCACGAGAAAGCAGAUGUUUGCCGCACAGGAGAUGUUCAAGACGGCCAACAAGGUCACGCGGCCCGAGAAAGCCCUCAUCCUGGGCUUCAUGGCCGGUUCCCGAGAGAACCCAUGCCAGGAGCAGGGCGACGUGAUCCAGAUCAAGCUCAGCGAGCACACGGAGGACCUGCCCAAGGCGGACGGCCAAGGCAGCACCACCAUGCUGGUGGACACAGUGUUCGAGAUGAACUACGCCACGGGCCAGUGGACGCGCUUCAAGAAGUACAAGCCCAUGACCAACGCGUCCUAGGGCCGCCGCCCCCGCCUCCGCGAGCUCCCGGGGAUGAGAGCUCUGCCGCCCGAGCAGGCCCCGGAGGACACCCCGCCCCUCCUUGCCGCGGAGCUCCAGCCGGUUUACGUUUAGGUCGUUUCUCCGGGGUGUCUGGGGGCUUCUUUCUUACAUCUUAACAUGGGUUCCUCUUGUGUGAUUUAAGACCGCUUUGUGGAUUCACGGUUCCAUUUCGGAAUGUUGAAGUUAGCCAAAAAAGUUGUAACUCCCUAAUGUUAGCGACAGCUCUGCCUGUUAGACUUUUACCUGAGUUAAUUUUUUCUAAAAUUCCGCUGACCGCGAUGAGGACUCUUCCUUGCUAGUGCAACACCCUGCCAGGUCGAGGCUGAGGGGACCAAAGGUGGCGCCAGCCAUGCAGGGGACAGGACGGGGGACACAGGCCUCGUCCACUGCCAGCGCCUGCCUGGACUUUUAUAUUUGUCUUCAGUACAGCGUGGACACUUGAGACAGUCUUUGGUACCUAUUUUCACUGUAAAACUGUCUGGAUGAUUAAAGGUUAGCUUUUCUACAGAAA